UGGGAUUCAGCAUGUGCUGGGACUGCUAAUUGUUCCCUGUCUUUGUGAGGGCUGCAGCAGUGCCUGGCUCUGGGCUCUCACUGAGCACAGUAUAAUCAGGCAUGUGAUUGCUGCCAUUGCUCUCUAUAGGAGGAGGUGGCUUGGGGAUUUGCAUUGGCUGAAGGCAAAGCUGCAAUCGUCUGAUUAUUUUUAGCCGCCGUGUGGUGCGGAUCACGUUGCACAGAGAGCGGGGACUCUCUGACCAGGAGGCUGGAGAAAGCUUGCUCUGUGCAGACACAGGAUCCCAGCCGCCUGCCCCUGGACAUGGCCAGCCCUGCACUGGUUUUAGGGGAGCUACCCCAGCCGCAAGACACCCCCCCGGAACCAGCUUGCAAGGAGGCUCAGAAGUGGAUCGAGCAAGUAACUGGCAGAAGUUUUGGUGACAAAGACUUCAGAACUGGGCUGGAAAAUGGAAUUCUCCUCUGCGAGUUGUUAAAUGCAAUAAAACCAGGACUUGUAAAAAAGAUCAACAGGCUUCCAACACCCAUUGCAGGAUUGGACAAUAUAACUUUAUUUCUAAGAGGCUGUAAAGAACUUGGACUGAAAGAAUCCCAGCUUUUUGACCCUGGCGAUCUACAGGAUACUUCAAACCGAACAACAGUCCGGGUUUCAGAUUGCAACAGGAAGCUACGAAAUGUACUAGUCACUGUUUACUGGCUUGGAAAGGCCGCAAACGGCUGUAUUUCAUAUAGCGGAAACCACCUGGACCUGAAAGAGUUUGAGGGAUUGCUGGCACAAAUGCGAAAGGAAAAUGAAGAAAUUGAGAGUCCAAAGCGAAGCAUUCGCGACAGUGGCUACAUAGAUUGCUGGGACUCAGAGAGGAGUGAUUCGCUCUCUCCUCCGAGACAUGGCAGGGAUGAUUCCUUUGACAGCCUGGACUCGUUUGGUUCUCGCUCCCAGCAGACUCCGUCUCCAGAUGUGGUGCUGAGAGGAAGCAGUGAUGGAAGAGGAAGUGACUCAGAGUCUGACCUGCCACACAGAAGGUUACCUGAUGUAAGGAAAGAUGACAUGUCUGCAAGGAGGGUGUCCUUUGGUGAAAACAAAGCAUUUGUGCCUUUUAAUCAAUAUCUCCCCAACAAAAGCAACCAGACAGCCUACAUGCCAGCCCCACUACGAAAAAAGAAGACGGAGCGCGAGGACUGCAGGAAGAGCUGGAGUACUGCCACAUCACCUCUCGGAGGAGAGCGCCCUUUUAGCCAAAAUCAUUCUGGGACGAUUGAGGAAGAAGAAAAUGACUUGCAUGAUGUGGACAUUGAAGCCAAAGUAGUUUCUUCCCUUGAACAAUUACCUAGUAACCCAUCACAUGUAAAAGUUCAUUCUGCUAAGCGAGAAGACGGGGAGGACCUGCUGUCUACAGCUUGUGGUCCUAAAGUCAUAGAGGAGGUUGAGAAAUUAAAAAGCCUAGAACAAGCUGGUAUCAAGGUCAUGCCUGCAUCGAUACGCUACAGCAGUCAAAAGCAAAGUACGGAAGAUGGAGAAACAGACACUGUGCUCCGAAAGGAGAAUGCUGUCCUGAUGUGCAGUGAAGGUGUGGCUGUAGAUUCUGAAGAGGAGGAGGAGGAAGAAUCCAGAGUACCUGAUAUAGAACGAGAUGAUUUGGCAACUAGAAGAGCAAAGAUGAACCAGGCUAGAACACCACCAUCGUUUAACCAGUAUAUGUUUGGCUCAUAUUUAAACAAAACUAAAACUCCUCCAGAGACUUCCAAGAGCCCGGUUCCUCUUUCUCCGGAGAAAUCUGUGGAUAGAAGCCACUGUGAAUAUAAAGAACUGAAAGUAGAAAAGGUGAUUAUCACUCGUAAAGAAAACUCCAUUCCAAAUCCUGCAAACGAGGAUUCUGACACAGAGGGGGAGCAGGAAAAACUUCCGGAUAUUCAUAGAGAUGACCUGGCCAAGCGCAAAACUACGGGAGCUUUAUCACGGCACAAGGAGCCUUUGGUCUUUGCAACAUCCACAAUCUCGAAGACUGACCUGGAAACCUGGCAAAGGCUUAAAGUGUCUUCGGAAGAUAGUGAUCAUCCACUGACAGAACAGUCCAACAAACCCGACGAAGCUUCCCAGAUUGAUGUUGUCCGCGCCACAAGUGAUGAUUUUGUCCGACGCAAGUUAACAUUGCAAGAAAAAAGGUCUAGAAACAAACAGAAGUUUGUGCACUUUGGCCCAGUAACGGAAAUUGACCAACAAAAAUGGGAUAGACUUUGUAUUGCCAGAGCUAGUGCCCCUCCAGAAGAUGGGACAGAUGCAAUGGAUCAAAGAGUCUCUAAUGUGGUUAAUGAGGAGAUAACACAGUUCUCUUCUCUGAGCUUCAAGAGCACUGAGAACAUUAAUGAUAAAGCUGCCAUAAAUAUUUUGCCAAGUCCCGCAACUGGAUCUACUGUCUUUUGCAAGAAGUCAGAUCCCUCAGAACCUCCUGAGAAAGAUGAAGGUAGUCCUCUUCUAGACAUCCAGCGUGAUGACAUGUUGGCGAGGCGAACUGGUGCAUUUCAGAAGCUUUCCAGACUUAGCCAGACAUCUACUAUUUCCCACGAUCGACAUGUUACCGGCAGUCACCUUGAAGAGAAAUGCUUUAAGGAAGAACGGUUUGAGGACAAACUUGCAAGAUCAGUGGAUGAAAACAAGCAACUUAGGUCUGUCUCUGCAAAUAAGGAUCUGAAAUUAAAGUCCUCUGAAUCAGUGGAACGUCGAAUGAAUAAAGAAGAGCUAAUUCAUUUGAAAGAGGAGGGUCAAGAGGUAGUUGAUUACACUAUGGGAAGCAAUACUUCUGUUCUAGAGAAAGACGACAUGAUGGCCAGAAGAAUCUCACUCUGUCAAAAGCAAGCAGGAGUAGGCCUCAGUCAAUUUCUUCCUGUUCCAUUUUCUGUGCAGAAAAAUGAAAAACCUCUAUCGAGUACUAACAAGGAACAGAAACCCAUGAGUUCCAUCCCAACUGACCCUAUAAUGCCAAAUGUUACUUCGGAAGCUCCUACACUCAGAUUUGAAAGUCCUACAGUGCCCCACCAGCCGGAUGCACAUACUGAUUUUAAAGAUGAGCAUAUUUCUCACCCCCAAGCCUGUGACCCAGCUCAGAGCCACAGUGUGGUGAAUCCAUUCUGCUCCGAUUUAAGCUCCCAACCACAGGCAACUGGUGAAACGUAUGACCAGGAAAUAUUGAGAUUCAGUCCGCGAUCUGCUCUGUCUGAUGAGAGCAUGAGCAUGUAUGACAUGAGAUAUGAAGAAGAGGGAAGCAUGCUGCCACAUAGCCGAGCUCACCAAGAGCAUCUGCAAACUGUUAAUGACCUGCUCAAGGAAGAAGAUGAGACCUGGCAAAACGACCUGGCCAAGUGGAAGACUCGUCGGAGAAGUGCAUCUCAAGACUUGAUAAAGAGAGACCAGGAGAGGAAGAAGAUGGAAAGGUUACUCAGUGGAGAUAAUGACUUCUCAGAAAGAAGGAAAAGUAUCAAAACGUAUAAAGAAAUUGUGGAAGAAAAAGAACGUAGAGAGCGAGAACUGCAUGAAGCUUACAAAAACGCCAGGACAAAAGAAGAAGCAGAAAAGAUACUGCAGAAGUAUAUUGAAAGGUUUACAAUAAGUGAAGCUGUUCUCGAACGCUUGGUAAUGCCAAAAAUCCUGGAAAGAAGCCAUUCUGUGGAACCAGGUUUAUUGACCUCCUCUGAGGACCCAAAUCCACUCAAGUACCUGAGGCAACAGUCGUUACCAUCUCCAAAGUACACUGCUACCGUAGAAGCUGUGAUUUCUUCCCCCAGCAGUGAGUUGGAGUGCAAGGUUCUACCAAGUGUAACAUCCCCGAACAAAAAUGUGAUCUCUAAGACUGUGCCUAUGCUGACAGCCAAGCCUUAUUCACAGCCGAAGAACACACAACAAGUGCUCAAGACUUUCAAGGUCGAUGGAAAAGCUAACCUGAAUGGAGAAACUUGUAAUGGAAUGGACCAGAAGGACAGAGGAUGUGGGAACUUGGUUUUUGCUCACUCUCUAACUCGAUCACAGCUUUUUGAAGGCAAAGCCAGAGUAGACGAGGUGACCAAGGAGAAGAAGCCGGAUGUUGCUUGCCUUGAGCUCAGUGUGACCAGAUGUGACAUACAGAAUUCUGUCAAAGAGCUACACGGUUUCACAGGAACAGAGAACCAUGUAAGCCUUGGGGAUGAACUAGCUUCUAAUGUAAAAUCAGAAGACCACUCGGUGCAACACUACACAAAAGGCAAUGAUCAUUCAGUAAGCCUCACCCAGGUGGGAUCAUCUAUAUCCAGCAUUGAAUUAACACCGUGUAUACCUCUGAAAGAGUCUGCGGUUAAUGGCAAGGUUUUGGAAGAGGAGAGAAAAGUGGAAACCAAAACAAUUAUCACAAAUUGGGCUCAGGCUUCUGAUUCCAAAGAACAAAAAGAAAUGUUAUUUCUUCCUAUGAAGGAUGCCAACGGCGAAACUGAAUGCAACAAGAUUUCUCCAGCGGUUACACCAUCUCUCACUUCACCAAGUCGAUUUUGCUCUUGGGACCCUGAAGAGGAGAGAAAACGUCAGGAAAGGUGGCAGCACGAACAGGAAAGGAUUCUUCAGGAAAGAUACCAAAAAGAACAGGAAAAAUUGAAGAAUGAAUGGGAAAAGGCUCAGAAAGAGGUGGAAGAGGAAGAACGCAAAUAUUAUGAAGAGGAGCGGAAGAUCAUUGAAGACACAGUGAUGCCAUUGACGGUGUCCCCAGUGGCUGAUGUGAAUAUCAGUAUGUCUGAAAGGAAUGGAAAUGUGGGAGUCCCUGAAGACAAUCAUGAAAAAGAGAAUAUGAAGGCUGGGACGCUCUUGACAGAGUCGCAAGGAUGUUUGAUAGACAGUAUUCAGACAAAGAAUGAUAAACCACAGACAUUGUGGGAACAAGAAGGAGCUUUUCUUGGAGCUGAAGAAGAGCAUGCAAAGGGAACAAAGAAGAGACAAGAAAUAGUGGAAAAUGAAAGUGAAAUGAGAAAUCAUAAUUCUGUGAAUGAGUUUAACACUCCUACCAAAUGUAUUUUACAGCCAGGUUUACAAGAAGAUCAACAUAUGGCAUCACCAGAAAAUCAUCUGCCUGUGGUCACCGAUUCUCCAAACAAUUGCCUUGAUGGGCGCUCAUCUCCUAUGAUAACAAGGGGAACUGAUGGCCAGGAGAACAUGAGAGGAGUUGGUUAUCCCUCACAGUCUUCUGCAUCACAAUGCCAGUCACCCAACAGGUACAAAAGGUCUGUCAGUGGGAAGAAGUUGUGUUCCACAUGUGGACUUCCUCUUGGAAAGGGUGCAGCCAUGAUCAUUGAAAAACUUAGUCUUUACUUCCACAUUCAGUGCUUUAAGUGUGGGAUUUGCAAGGGACAACUCGGUGAUGCAACCACAGGAACGGAUGUCCGAAUUCGCAAUGGGUUAUUAAACUGCAACGAUUGCUACGUGAGGUCCAGAACGGCUGGACACCCCACACCAUUGUGACCCUCCUUUCUACUAAGAAGAAAUUAUUUUUUUACAAGAGAAGAGUUCCACGCUACUUUGCAGGCGGACUACGGACAAUCAUAUACACCUGCUACGACUGACACGUCUCAUGCUAAGAGCUGUGGAAAUAAAUAGUUGAGUGAUAUAGCCUGCACUGUGCCCAUUUACUUACAAGACAUGUGUCCUGUUGUGCCUCUUUAACAUAGCACAUGAAGGUGCAAGAAUUUGUACUUUUACUCAAUGGGCUGCAUCCUACAUACAAGCAACACAAACGCCUGUAAACAUACUGCUUUGUGUUAAACAGCCAUGCUGUGAUAUUUCCUACACCACAGACGUGGCUACAUGUGCCCUUCUUACAUUCUUUCUUUAAAGGUUCCAAGAAGACUUUGCAUUGGACCCUUAAAUAAAUACAUUAAAAAAUUGAUACUUAUUGUAAAAAUGCUAAAUAUAGUGAUUGCAAUACUUGUCCACAGGUGUAGAGUUUAGACAAGAUGCAUUGAAGUAUUAUGGGACAUCGUCUUUUGAGAACAGUUGGCUUUGACCUUGAACGUCUCAAAUCAUCAUUCUGGAUUGUUAUCUGCAAUACUUUUUUUGAUAUCCAGUCAGUGUUGUCCAGAUUUAUGAUAAUGUACAUGCUCGGGGCCUGCCAUAUAUUUUUCCAACAAAUCCGUAGAUGGCUUGUUAGGGAGGGACCUGGUGGUUUGUGUGUAGCAAAUAAGCUUUCUCUGGCUGACAAUUAUGCACCAGUUAUCUUUGAAUGGUUCCAGGCACUAUCAGGAGUGGAAUGCAUUGUCAAUCAUUCUGAUUUAAUCACCAAUGUACUUACUCUGUUGGUUUGCAGAGAAUCCCAAAUUCACUGUUCUAGUGUUUGGUUUGCUAGCAUUUGAUAAAAUCUAUCCACAUGGAUUCUACAGCUGUUGUGCGCUUUUCUUAUUUUGGGUCAUUCUCUUUAUAAACAGAGUUUGUCUCCUAAUUAACAGUGCUAUAAAUGAGAUAUCUAUAAAUAUAUAUAAUCAUCAUUAUAUAUGACACUCUUUGUGUACGCUUAACGGGCUCUUGGUUCUUGAAUAUUGCACCGUGCAUACCCUGCAUAUGAUACCCUACCUUGGGUUGGACUAAGACAUUUCAUAAUAUAACACCAUAAUAAAUGUAAUAUUUACCAGUAUAUAUGGUGUUAAUUGUUCUAAGCUAUAUCAGGCAUCCCUACCAUUGUUAAAAGCCAGUGCUGCUUGGCUUUUUGAGUUUUGAUAUCCAAAGCUCUAGCAUUUAUUUGGGU